GAGAGAAAGAUGCUCGGACACGCCGCGGACCGCUACGGCGGCGUCAUCGUCGACGACGCCACCCUCCCGGACACCGUCGACGCCUUCGCGGCGCAGUUGGAGGCGUCCAUCGCGGCGUGGAUCGCCGCCGGCGUCAGAGGCGUGUGGCUGAAGAUCCCAAAGGAACGCGCCGAGUACGUGGGCACAGCUGUGCACGCCGGCGGAUUCAGAUUCCACCACGCCGAGCCCGACUACGUGAUGAUGACCAGGUGGCUACCCACGGACGAGCCGGACAUGUUACCGCCGAACGCGUCGCACCAGGUUGGGGUCGGGGCGUUCGUCCACGACGGGAAGGGGAGGGUGCUGCUGGUGCAGGAGCGGCGGGGUCCCGCGGCGGCGGCGUCGCGGCCGGACUUUUGGAAGUUGCCGACGGGGCUGGUGGAGCAGGGGGAGGACAUCCCGGCGGCGGCGGUUCGCGAGGUGGAGGAGGAGACGGGGGUCAAGACGGAGUUUCACUCCAUCCUCGGCAUCAGGCACGGGCACAACGUCGCGUUCGGGAAGAGCGACAUGUUCUUCCUCGUCGCGCUCAGG